AUGGCUAGCAAUUCCGCCGCCGACGCAAAUCCAACCUUCGAGACAGUCCAAGCUUCACUGAGCAAAGUAAAGAAUGCCGCCCAACUUCAAGAGCUAAUGAACAUCAACUCGGACUUUGUUGCUGAAGCUUUAGUAAAACUAGUUGCUCGAGGAAGGAGAAUUGAGAGACAAAAUCAUCUUCGCGAUGUCGGAAACUUUCGCGAAUGCGACAAGCAACAGAUAGGGCUCGAAGAAAGGCAGGCCCAGGUUGACGUACUCAAGACCCUGGUCGCAUCUCUCGAAAGACGACUUGCCACCCUUCAGUACAAACAAGUUGAGAAUACAGAAGAUCUACGAUCAGAACCCCGCCAAGCACAAAAAGACCUGGACCACGAGCGAAAGACUGUGGCUUGCCUUCGUGAUCAGCUUCGCGACCAACAGACUCAAUUCACUGCUCAACGCUCGCCGGCAUGCAAAGACCCAACACCAUUCGGUGGCGCACAUGGAAAAUCGCAAAUGGCACUACAAAUUUACCUUAUGGAGUUGCGACUGAAGCUACAUGCGAACAGAGAUUGGUGGACUGAUGAGUCGGAUCGUAUGAGAUACGUUCUUUCGACCUUGGAGGGCUCGCCGAAAUUGUGCUUCUCUCAAUAUCUGAAUCCAGAUGGAACGUUUCGAGGAAUCACGACGGUUGAGGAGAUAAUGGAUCAGCUGCAGAAGCUUCCUACCCUGUUGGCCUAG